CCGAUCCACGCCGGGUGCCCGACCUUUAUAAGCGCGCCUCGCGCGGGGCGCCCCUCCGAAUCAGAACCGCGCGCCCCAUUGGUUCGCACACCGGUCGCCCGCUUGGCAGAGCCUCGCUCCCCGUUUCCACGCGCGGCUUGUAGGCUUGUAGCUCGGUGCAAUUUGCGGCGGGCGGCCGGGGUACACACGCACGACACACCUAGUUUGCAGUUCGGGGAGUUGGAGGCAGAGUGCGUUGGGAUGGAGCCGGCGCACAAGGGCGGGGACGGCGGUGGAGGCCGCGGGCGGAGGUGGAAGGGGAAGGGCGUGAGCGCGGAGAGGCAGCUAGCGCCAGUUUUAGAAGACGCGCCGGCGGCCGCAUUGCUCCGGCCCCUGAAGAAGAUCCGCAGCCCCGAUCGCCGCCUCCAACGCUCGAUGUCCUCGCUGGCAUCGGCCCCCGCCUCCCCUGACUCAUCCUCUGUUUCCAAUCCCUUGUCGCCGCCGGCGACAUCGUUGCCAUCGACGCGACAUAUAUUUCCGUUCGCGUACGAUCUGGCUCCGGCGGCAUCGGCGGCCCCGAUGCUCCUGCCGUUGUUGCAGUAUUCCAGCGUGUACCAGCAGCCUCUGCCGCCGCAGCAACGGCAGCCUUUUCAGCACCAGCAGAUGAUAUCCUUUGGCAGCAGCCAGCAGCAGUUCGGGGCGGCGAGUCCUCUGCUCCCGCCGCAGCUCGUGGCGCCGGAGGUGCAGCAGCAAAUGCUGCUGCGCUACUGUAGCGAGGCGCUGAACCUGAGCCCCCGAGGAUUCCGUGGCGGGGCCGUGCCGCCGGCGCUGUACCAGCAGCUGCUGCGUGCGCCGGAGCGGCUGAAGCUGUACCGCGGCGUGCGGCAGCGCCACUGGGGGAAGUGGGUGGCGGAGAUCCGCCUCCCGCGGAACCGCACGCGGCUGUGGCUUGGCACCUUCGACACCGCCGAGGACGCCGCCAUGGCGUACGACCGCGAGGCCUUCAAGCUCCGUGGCGAGAACGCGCGGCUCAACUUCCCCGACCUGUUCCUUGGCCAAGGCCGCGUUGGCGGGAGCGGACGAACCAGCGCCAGCGCCGCUGCGUCGUGCUCCUCCUCCUCCUCGUCUGCUCCCCCGACGCCGGACGAGACCACGAACGCGCAGCAAGCUCAGCAUGAGCAGCUGCUGCGCGAACAACAGCAGAACCAGCAUAGAGAAGAAUCCUCCAAGAGGGAAGCGAAGCCUCUGCUCCCUGAAGCAGAGCAGGCAAAGAACUCGGAACCCGAACAGAAUCCUCAGCUCCAGGCAGCGGAUCAACAGGGCGGCGAAGGCAACACGGCCAUGUUCCAACCGUCGGUGACGUCCAGCGGCGUGUGGGGCCCGGCCGACGAGGCGUGGUUCAGCGCCUGGGGUCCCGGCAGCUCCGUCUGGGACUACGACAUGGACAACGCCCACGGCCUCUUCCUCCAGUCUCGCUUCGCCGGUGAGCCGACCGGCAUGGACUACGUCUCCAGCGGGCUGGAAGUCCCCGUGACACAGGCUCCAGCUUCUGCUUCCUCGUCUCUUCUUCCUCCUCCUCCCCCUCCCCACGGUCCAACAUACAUGUGUCAGGACUGAACACACAUGCCCAUCUCUGGUCAUCGCACACAAUCUUCACACACAGCAAGUAACUAGGUUGUGGGAUGCUCACAGGCUGCAAGUUUUAAGAGACAACUUGUGGCAUCGCACAGUAUGGUCACAUUCACAUCGCAGGAGCAUCUGAAGGACCUCCCUUUUAUCUGGACCUCUUUCUGACCACUUUCCUCCUGAAAAGUUUUCAGUGAAAACUACAAGGAAGCCCGGCUGCAUUUUUCAGGCUGGGAGAUAAGGAUUGGCCUAUAUUUCAGUCGCCAUCCUUGUUGAUCAUUCCAUAUGAUUCAUGGUUCCACAUCUCAUCAUCUGUUUGCUGCAAGAUUUGUGUUUGCAUGCUUGCAUAUGCAGUAGUGUUGUGGCUUUAGGGAUUCCUAAAGGCUUAAAAGGGGGAGACGAGUUUUAUGCUCUCCUCUGCUCUUUAAUUCAUGUUUAUCUUUUCCGCAAAUACUUCAUAGUUUAUAUACGAGUGUCAGUGUGUGUGCCUUGACUUGGAAUAUGUACUCUUAUGUAGUGUCAGUUUCAUGAUUAAUGAGUUGGUAAUUGCUACA